AUGUUCCCAAUCGCCGAUGGUCCUUCGCGACUUAUCCGUACCGUGCCUAAUGGAUUACUCUAUCAAGUUGGUGUCGGUGAAUAUCAAUCAUGGCUUAUUCAUGUCUGGGGUAUGAAUGGAUAUGACUACGGAUUUGCCUAUGGAACAUUAUUGAGUGAACAAAUCAGGCAAUUUUUCCCUAAAGCAUAUGCUUACUUAGAGCAAGAAGUAAUGGAUCAUCUGGAUCAUCUUAAAUUGCCCAAAUGGUUAAAACAGUUAAUUGCCGAUGAAGGUCUUGCGUUUGCUUUGGAUAUGCAAAAUUCACUAGCCCAAUCAUAUGUCGACCCAGAGAUUUACCGUGAGCUUAGUGGUAUAGCUGAUGCUACCAAAAUCGAUUACGACCUCUUACUACGUUUGCACACGUUCGGUGAACUGACUCGAGGUAAUACAUUAAUUAAGGCCUUUCCUCCCACUGAAUAG